AUGGCAUCAAAUAGCAUGAAAACGACAGCACUCCGUACUUUACGUACAAAAUUGACAUCAGCAAACAAACCUACAUUCUCACCCAUCCUCGCCAAUAACCGUGGUAUUACAGGCACGACCAGAAAAUCAACCUCUCUUGACUCAACCACUUCCAGUCAACCCAGGACACCCUUCUUACCUCGAGAUUUUAAUGGCAGUUUUCCCGUCUCCUUCUCUAAACCCACACCCACAACUACACCAUCUUUCAAUACCCUUAUCAACUCCCUCACCACAUCUCUCACCACAACCUCCUCGCCUCAUCUUCCGACUCUCACUCGCCUCCUUCAAUCUUAUGACUCCUCCACUUUAUCUGACUGGCAAAAAUAUGCCCACGCAAACCCAAAUAAACAAUACACAAGAAACCUAGUAGCAGAAGUGCCAGGGAUAUUCAAUUUGUUGAUGUUGGUUUGGACACCGGGAAAGGAAAGUAAAGUGCACGAUCAUGCUGCCAGUCAUUAUCAUGAAGGGGAGCUGAAAGAGACGAGGUGGGUUACUCCUGAGGGAGGUGCAAGAACGGCGGAGGAGAUGGAUAUCGAGGGUGUGAGAGAGUAUAGGAGAGGCAAAGUGGCGUAUAUGUGUGAUGAUCUUGGUCUUCAUUCCAUCGCCAACCCUAGCGCAACAGACUAUGCAAUUUCUCUACACUUAUACACACCACCAAACGCCGCAAUGCACGGUUGCCACAUCUUCGAUCCAUUGACGGGUGUAAAGACUCAUGUGGCCCCUGGUGCUUAUGAUUCCGUCGGUGGUAUUAUUGAUCCAACUGCUUGA